AUGACAUACUCCUGGAUGAAUCAUUUUCGUUGGCUAAUGGUAACUUUUUUCACUGAAGUACUCACCACAGGUGCGUUUGGAUCAACAGGGAUGCCCACCUGUGCUAACGACACAACUGUCAUAAAUACUCUGCUCAAAGAUACCUACAACAAGCACUAUAUUCCUUCACAUCCAACACAAGUGCGAGUGGAUAUGUGGGUGCAGGAAGUGACAGCAGUCUCCGAACUCACACAAGACUUUGAAAUUGACCUCUACAUCAACGAAUUUUGGGAGGAUCCAGCAUUGGUUUUUGAUUACAUGAGUCCAUGCAAAUCUAACAUCUCAUUCGACGACAAAGUUCUACAAAAGCUUUGGAUCCCGAACACGUGCUUCAUCAACUCGAAAAACGCAGCUAUUCAUGAGUCACCAUUCAGGAACGUUUUUUUGAUGGUUUUCGCAAAUGGUACACUAUGGACGAAUUAUCGAAUGAAACUCACUGGUCCAUGCGAUAUGAAUCUCAAGCGGUUCCCCUUCGAUCAACAGAAGUGCUUCCUCACAUUCGAAUCGUACAAUUACAACACAGGUGAAGUGCGAAUGCAAUGGAAUCAACCGUAUCCGGUGAUGCUGCUGAAACCGAUCCAACUUCCAGAUUUUGAGAUGGUCAACUUCAGUGUCAUCGCAGUUGAGCAGAUGUAUCCAGCUGGCUGGUGGGACGAGUUGACGGUAGCGUUCGUUUUCAAGCGGAGAUAUGGGUGGUACAUACUACAGGGUUACAUACCCACAAUGGUUACUAUCGUGAUCUCAUGGAUAUCAUUUUACUUAGGAUCCAGAGCGAUUCCAGCCAGAACAAUGCUAGGAGUCAAUUCAUUGCUAGCAAUGACGUUUCAGUUUGGAAAUAUUAUCAGGAAUCUUCCACGGGUAUCAUAUGUGAAAGCAAUAGAUGUUUGGAUGUUGAGGUAA